CCUGGGCUGUCAUCCACACCGCUGUUGUUGCAGCCAUUUUAACCGUGGAGCGUCGGGAUAGCGAAGAGCGGAGGAUGCCGAAACAGCGCGGUUAAAAGAUCUACAGAACAUGGCUGGCACGGCGCGAGGUCCAGUGGUCAGCCGGCCGUCAGCGUUUACCAUGGAGGCGCAGAGGGCGGUUCACUCCUGGUCACGGAUCUCCUCUGCAGGCCACAACGUCCUCCUGGAUGCCCUGAAGAUCCUCAGCCCCAUGUCCCAUGAUCUGUCCAGCACAGAGGAUCUGGUCAGCUUCCUACAGGAGCUGAGUGACGAGGGCCACAAACCCACCGUCCUGUGCAGUAAAGACGUGUACUGCUACCGCUCCUGCACCAGCCAGCCUCUAACCAAGGACAUGCUGAAGCCCCCCAACCGGAAUGUCAAACCCACUGCCAAGAAGAGGAGGAGGAAGCCUCUGAAGAAGAGGGAAGUUCACCCAUCGUGGAUUACAUCAGAGCGGAGCAGCCCCCGGAUACAAGGUGUCCGGCCCCCAGAGCUCCUGGUGGACCACCAUGCCAUCGUCUGUAGCCAGGAUCGCAGUCGGAUUGUGGAGCCGUCGCAGGUCCAGGUGCAGCCGUGUCUCAGACUGACCAAUAUUGAGGGCCUGUCAGGGUACCACACAGCCCGACUCCAGAUCCAGGCCACCUGGAACCCGUCCUCCCAGGCUCUCCCUGUUGUCUUUUCACAACAACACCACCCUCCAGCGCUUUCAGGAAUACCUUUGCAGCCUUCUCAGAAUGGUGGUGGGGCGCCCACCAAAGCUGUGGCCUUGUUCAGCCAGAAGAGCCUGUCCUGCCCGGUCCGCUUGGACGGCGCCCUCAUUGGAGACUCUGCGCCUGUCUUCUAUGCCAAUGGCCGCGCAUUCCCUCAGACGGACACACAGCUGACAAGCAACCACUCCUGGAACAACGGCCUCCACCAGGACAGCAGGGCCGCCAAGGAACCGCGGAGUAAAUGGAAGGACAAGAGGAGUUUUAGGUGCAAAGUGAUAAAGGUGGAUGACUCUCGGUCGGUGGCAGAGGCCCGCAGGAAAGCGCAGAAGAUCCUGCAGGUCAACCUGUCCCCGGUGAUCCAGAUCCAACCUCUCAACCACAUGCUGAGAGACUUCAGAUACCAGAAUAAGUGACUUCCCUUCAUACAUUCAUGACCUUUAGCAGAUGUUAGUGUUUUACAUCCAUCAGCCGUAGCAGAUGUUUGACCUUGUUUUUAUUUGUUUUCCAUUUUGUUGCUGUGUUGGCGGUAGAGCUGCUCAGGUUCUGUGUUCCUGACAGAUUUUUUUUUUUCUAUAAAAGGCAUUUAAAGUGUAGGUGACACUUUUCCUGGCAGGCUGGGAGGUGAAUAUCAGCCCAACGCUGGUACAUUUUCACUGUCUGUUCUACACAAACAGUUCAACCAACCAUUCAUCUGACACCACUGGAGGGAGUGGAUGAAGGAGAUGAAUUUUGCGAUGCACCAUACACUGUGACCACUCGGCUAACGUGAAAUGUUUAUUCAGCUCUUUUGUGAGCAGCGUUUCCCUUCUGAGAGCUUUGGGGGGUAUUUGUUCAUCAUAAAAUGUCAAGUAUUUUCACGUUUUUCUUGCCAAAGUUCUUCACUCUUCCAAUGUAAUAAUGAAAAAUUCAAGUUAGUGUUGAGUAUUGCUUUGAAUAUGAUACUCAGUCAGUCCCAAAUGUGGUGGUUGGUUGUUUCUGGCAAAAACAAACUACAAAAAAUGACAAACAAGUAUUUAGUUUGUCUUUCUUGUUCGUUUUUGUUGCAUUUCCACUGGAAAACAGGACAGUUCUGAGUUGACCAGAGUCAGACCUUCACUACGUGUUCCUUUGCUUUAGUUUAUCCACUUAUAUUGAUUGAUAAUAUAGUAUUUAUGACUGUUGGAAAUAUUUAAUGUUUUACAGUGACAGAACAUGAAUUGGUGGUUUCAGAUUUUUGUUUUUUCAGGAACAUUGAGAAUUGAGAGAUGAAAGCGUUUCUUUAAUCACUUUGGUUUUCUUUUUCUUUUUUAUAACAGAUUCUUCUUCUUCUCUGGUUACAUUCAGAAUUGGCCCACCUCACUUCCAUAAGUAUAACACCAUCUCUGGACCACGUUGAUAUUUUGUAAUAUGAUAUUACGGCUAAAUGUCAACCAGUUGCUGCUGCUCAACAUAGAUCUUUGUCCUAAAAAAGUGUGAACUUAAAAGAUGAUCAAUUCUCCAGAUGAUAUAAAACAGUAUAAAACACAAAUUUCAGGUGAGGUUGGUGUGUUUUCUGCUCAGUUGGUCAUGUUUGAUACUGAAAAUGUCCAGACUCUGCUUGAACAUCCCUGCUGUGAUCAGAGCAUCAGUGUUUUAUCAUUUACCACUUUGUUGAAGAUGAAACUCAUAUUCUUUUUCUGUCGCCAUCCAAUCCAAACUCCACUAACAGUCCGGUCCAGUUCUUCUGUGAACGUGGACUGUUUUUUUUUUCUACAGGUGUGCAGUCUGAUGUUGGUGCUGAAUUCUAACUGGUACCAGAAUGUUUGUGCGGUGGGUUUUGGUUCUUUGAACUCAGAUGGUGAGAUCAGUAUAAAACAGCAUAUGUUUGAAUUAUUCUAGAGUCACGUCCAUUUUACCAGGAGACAAUGACACCUUUCAUGAAUAGGACACUUUCUACAAUUUAGAGAUAACUUAGAGGAAAACCGGUGUUUUUGUCUAAAUGUUAAUUGACAAAUGUAAAUAUACAUCCAACAGUGAAUUUCCAAACAUCAGAAGCAGCUGAUUCCGACUGUGACUGAUCCCUGGUAAGAUGCUAACGUCUGCAUAGCAUAAGCAUAUGUGCGGUGUCUCCUUAUUUAUCAAUGGUUUUGGCGUUUUAAGAACUGUGGCUUCCUGUGACUGUUUCCACUGAGUGUCUGACAGUGCUGCUGCUCCCUGCAGGUUGGGAUGAGAACGUUAAACCACCACUUUGCUUUCAAAGGUUUCCUGAACAGAAAGAACUGAAUAUCCAUUUUCAUGUCAUCUGCGAGAAACUCCUGUGAAUUCCCACAAAGUUCUUGUUUGGGGGGAAAAAAAAUACAUGACAAAAGACGACAUUUGAGAUUGAGCAUUAAGGUUUAUUGAUGAUCUUGAGGGAAAAAAAAGUCCAUCAUCCACUUGUGGCUCCUUUCACAUUUUUAGACUGAAAGAUCUGCAGAAAAGUCAGUCUUCAGAUCUUGAAUAAUUUAAUAAUUGAUUAUCAUUGUCAGGAUUCUAGUUUUUCCUCCACCAACUAAAAACGUCCUUAACCUGACCAUUAGUGUAACAGUCAAUAAAAGUACCAAUGACCAUAGAAAACUCAAUGGCAAGUCACAGGCCAGUUUGAAAGAAAAAUAAAUUGAUGUGAAACUGGCUUUAAAAUGAUUUUCAUAUUUAGACCACAUCAGUGUUCGACUGUUUCCAUAUCUGCAUCUGGUCAAUCUUUCAUUUUGAAAACUUCUGGUCACUGCUCUCCGGUCUGUCUGUUCACGUUCAUACCCACUGACGAUUCCCUUUUCUAGAUCGUUUGUUUUGUUGUUUGUGCAACACUUGUAUAAUAUCGUAUUUCCUACAUGAUCUUUGAAAACCUUUUUGUUGAAUAAAAACUUACCUGAAAACUAA